UAUCAAAAAAACAAGAACCCGAGUUUUUCUUCUUUCGCAUCAAAAUAUAAGGAGCUAAUACCCGGAUGGUCAAUGCAAAUAGAUGCUACUUCUGUUACUGAUCUACAUGGAGCUUGGUUUGAAAGAUUUGCCGCUGCAUACAAGGAGGCUAAGAAAACCAAAAAAGAAAAAAAAAAAAAAAAAAAAAAAAAGAAGAAGCCACCAAAAGGGAGGCGAUAUAGCACUGUUAUCUGGAACGAAAUUUACUCAAGUUUUAUCCACAUAAAAAAGACAUAUAAUAAAGAAGCCCCCUCUCCUGCUGCCAAAGUUCCCAAUUCAGUUGAUACAAACAACACUCGCAGUUUAUCUGCAAAUAAAUCAACGCCAUUGUCUUUGACAUUGCGCAUCCCAGGUCAGGAUCGAUUCUACGUUGAACAAAUAGACAUCUCAGAAAGGUUCUAUAACAUGCAGAAAUAUGUCUAUAAUUUCGUGAAACAUAAUCACUUGACUAUGGAAUCUGAUGUUCAUUUGAUCCUUUCGUUAUCAUUAAUACUCUUGUUACAAAACAACAACCGACUACACAAAGAUAUGGUUUGGUUCUUUGGUGACAAGGUAUAUCACUGAGCUCGCAAAAGUAGUCUUGAUUCCCUGAAUAUGACGCAUAAAUUCUCUGGAGAAGCUUUGCUGAAAGCCAUCGAAGUAUCUCAAAACGUAUACAAUCGAAGCAUUGAGCGGAUCAAUGCAGCUGCUUCACUACUUAGCUUAGCAAGCACCUUGGAUGAUCGUAUGGAUAAGAAGCUUAUUAUGUCAGCAGCUCAGCUUAUACAAUUCCUUCCGUUGGAUCACACUAGAGACAAAUAUAUUAGCUUUGUGUCCAAUGCUCUAUCACCCUCACAACGCAGAUGGAGUGCUACUCGUCGUGAGUUAUAUGGUGCUCUGAUGGCUUUUCGUCGCUUCCAUCAAUAUAUUUGGGGACGCCGAUUUACAUUGCACACGGAUCACAAAGCAUUGGUCUAUAUGCAUACUCAACAAGAUUGCAACAAUAUGAUGUUGAAUUGAUACGAAGAAACUCUGACUUCUGACUUCUGACUUUGACGCUGUG